AUGGCCAUUUCAAGCCACCCAUCAGCUAGCAACAGCAACGUACCGCUCGAUCCGGACCUAUUCAACCCGGAAAUCGUUGGAGAGACAAACUUCUUCCCCGGCCCUGAUGAGAAUUUCAACCCGAACGAAGAACUAACCUGGGACGAUAUCGACCAGAACGACCUGGACUAUGAAACCGAGGAGGAAUUUUCUGAAGAAGAAGAACAGCUGGGAUUUAAGGGAAACUCCAGGGAAAGGAAAGCUGCUAUCACCAAUAAAAGAAACAUUCGGGAUCUCGCUGCCAGUAGCGGAGAGGACGGAGAGGACGGACAAGACGAUGAUGAAUCGUUGGGAGAGGAUGAAGAUUCAGAUCAAGAAUCGGAUCCGGAUGAUCUACGCCGACUGAUUGGUGCGAUCCACGGCCGGGAGGAAAACCUGGGAACUGAUGGCCAUGAUAUCUUGGCAAAGGAGUGGGAUCGAAGUAUGGAUCAAGAACUGAAUGAAUUGAAAGAAGCCGAAGAAGCCAUGAGACCUGGUAGAAGGAAAAAAUUCAAGUUGAGGGGCGAACCGGAACUGUCCGUGGAAGUAUCGAUCCUCCUUGGGAAAGCCAACUUGGCCUUCAUCGAGAAAAAGUACGAGGAAGCGAUACCCGUGUUUGAAGAGAUUGUGAGGAUAGAGCCGAUGUGUAGGAUGGCUUGGAAUAACUUGGGUGCCAUCUAUCAAGACAUGGGUGAUUUUGAAAGAUCUUCCCAGUUUCGGAUCAUCGGUGCUCAUCUGACUCCCAAGUCUGCCGACAUAUGGAAAGAACUCGCCUCCGAAUCUAGACAGCACGGUUUACUUUCUCAAGCCAUAUACUGCUACAGCGAGGCUAUCAAGGCAAGUAAGAACGAUGUAGAAUCGAUGUGGGAUAGAUCUUACUUAUUGUUUGAAGUAGGAAGGUCCCGCCAAGCAUUAGCCGGCUAUCUUGCAAUUUUAAAAAUCAGCCCACAUAAUCCGGACGUUUUACGUGAAGUGGCCCAGUUGUGUGCCACGACCGGCGAAACAGAACUGCCUAUUAAACUUCUCCAAGACGCACUGAAGCACUACCAAUCUGUGGUCAUCUCGCCAUCAGCAGAGUGGCUUGCCGAUGGAUUUGGGCUCGAACAUAUCCAAAUGUUAGUCCGACUAUUGAUCAAGUCCCGAUCGUCAUCUGUCACUACUGCACAGCCAUCCGACAGCUCUGGUCCUGAAGAUCAAGAACAAAUCCAUCAGCAUUAUUUCGAAACUCUCAAGCUCAUCAAACAGGCCACUCGUUGGCUACAGGGUCGGUUAGAUCCCAAUCGGCCAGAUUUCUUGGAUUGGGACCUGCUCGAAGAUGACCGCGAGUACGAUCCUGUCCGGCAGAGUAGGGAGGCCUGGGACUACCUACCUGAUACUCGUUAUGAAGAAUCGCAGACCUAUCCAUUAGCGAACGAGCUCCGAACUUACCUAGGAAUCUGUCGGUUAUACAUUGGAGACGAAGACGAGGCUGCGCUCCACUUCGAUAUCAUUAAGAGCCUCGGCGUUGAGGAGAAUGCUGAGUUCUGUAUGAGUAUCGGUGAUGCGUAUUGUGAAUGCUCUCAAUGGGACGAAGCAUUAGAUUUCUACCAUGAACUAGCUGAGAAUGAUUCGACAAACAACGCACGGCUUUGGCAUAAGAUAGGACGUUGUUACCGCCACUUGGGUAACUUGGAGGGAGCGUUGGAGUGCUUCGAAGCCGUUGCCGAGACAGAUCCAUUGGAUUUAAUAGCAAAGACCCAGCUUGCGGAACUUUAUGAACAACUCGGCUUCCGCCAAAAGGCGCUAGACAUGGUCAAUGACCUCAUCGAGCUCCGAAGGAAAGCCCGGGAAAGUGGCGUUUGUGGAGGUCAAGGCCGGUUCAACGUCUUGGCUUCACGGACCGCAGGUAGCCGAUCGCUGGCCGAGAGACGAAUUGACGAGGAACUUCUGACCCAGAAAUACGCCAAGACCUACGAUAAACUGGAAACCAUAAGCUCCAAGCUAGCAACGGACCCCUCGCCCGAUAAAUUAUCUCUAAUGACCGAAUACGUCCGGCUUGCCAGCCCUCUGGUCGAAGGUUUUAGAGAAACACCCGCCUUAUUUCCCUGUGUCUUGAGCACCAAAUAUGGAGGAUUGAAUCCGCCUGCCUCACGAUCUGCCAAGCGCGACGAAAGUACCGCCAAGAUAUCCGCAAAUCAAGACGAAGCAGUUAAUUCUGAGACUGCUCAGGAAUUUCGCGGGAUCCGAUUUACCAACUGGGUACGAAUAUUUGUUUACUAUGCAUUCUCUUGUGCUAAGGUGGACCAAGUAGACGAGGCGUGUGAAGUGUUGGGACAUGUGAUGAGGGCUCCUACGUUCAGACAAUCAGCACCAAUGCAACAAGUGCUUCGAUUAGCCUACGCUUCCAGCUGUCUCGUCAAAGGCGACUUCAUCGAGACGGUGGACACCAUCCGUUGGCUCAGUAUGAGAUUGCCAUAUCACAAUGAUCUAGUCCGGCUUAUCAACGCCUUGCUAUGUCGAGGAUCUGAACAAUCGAUUGCUUUCUUUAAUACAAACACACAGAAAUGGUUAUUGAGACAAAUUCAAAUCAUUGAUGGCUAUAUUGGAGAACCGCAUUCGCGUCUAGACUUCCGUAAUCUUAAUGAGAACGAUGAAGACGAUGGGAUCGAUCAAGUUAACGAAUCCACCGCUCAAGCUGAUCAACCAACUCGCAGCGAACGUGCUCAUCCUAAAGAAGUGAUGAUGAAAAAACAGAUGAUGAAAGAGGAUGAAGGCGACGAGGAAAACGACUCGUACUGGAAACCGUCGAAGUUCAAACCCACUAAAAUAAGCCCGAUCUUUCUCCUCACCUUUGCCCAAAUCCUGGCAGGAACUCGGAGCUUCAAAUCUGCUAUCGUUUAUUAUUUGCGGAUAAGAGAAUCAUAUCCAGACGAACCUUUGAUCAAUUUAUUGCUAGCUAUAACUUAUGUCCAACGAGCCAUGCAACGCCAGACAGACAAUCGACAUCAUCAAAUUGUUCAAGGGUUGGCAUUUUUUGAACAUUAUCGCGCGGUACGACGAAAAGAAUUCGGACAAGAGGUUGAGUUCAACCUUGGCCGUAUUUAUCAUGGCCUUGGGCUCACAUCACUUGCGAUCACGCACUAUAAUCGUGUUCUCGCUCUCGCUCCAUCCACCCAUCAAUUAUCACCAUCCUCAGAAGAUUCGCCCUUAUCUCCUGACCCUCCAACAGAUUUAUCCGGUCUAGCCGCCUACAACCUCGUCUUGAUCUACUCUACCUCUGGGUCGCCCGAUCUUGCUCAUCGUCUCACGUGUCAAUACCUUACUGUUUGA